UGCGUGGCAAACGAAGAGGUGAAGUUCCCUUCGGUUCUGGAUAUCCUUGCUGCCGCAAUUCCUGACGUAAUAAUUACAAAAUCGAAUCGAUGAAUAAAGUUGCAGCUAGAAGCCACUAGAAUUCUAAACCACCUUCCCCUGCCGAUUCCUUGCACUUAUAUAUGUAACCAUCACCAGCUUUUCUUCUAACAUCCAUACUCAUAGAUUCUUUGCUGUGAUCUCGAGGUUGAGGUUCAACAAUGGCAGACGAAGUGAUUCUCCUGGAUUUCUGGCCAAGCCCAUUUGGGAUGAGGGUCCGAAUCGCUCUGGCAGAGAAGGGAAUAGAGUACGAAGGAAGAGAAGAAGACUUGAGCAACAAGAGCCCUCUGCUUCUGAAGAUGAACCCUGUUCACAAGCAAAUCCCAGUCUUGAUUCACAACGGUAAACCCAUCUCUGAAUCUCUCAUCAUUCUCCAAUACAUCGACGAGGUCUGGAAUCAAAGCCCCAAAUUACUUCCCUCUGAUCCCUACCAGCGAGCCAAUGCCAGAUUCUGGGCCGACUACAUCGACAAGAAGAUAUAUUCGACUGGGAGAUUGGUGUGGGCAACUACAGGGGAAGUGCAAGAAAGAGCGAAGAAUGAGCUGAGAGAAUGCUUCAAGAAGUUGGAAGUAGAGUUAGGGAACAAGACUUUCUUUGGUGGUGACAUGUUUGGUCUGGUUGAUGUGGCUCUGAUACCCUUUUACAGUUGGUUCUUCACGCUUGAGACAACCGGAAAAUUCAGCAUCGCCGACGAGUUUCCGAGCCUGGUGGCUUGGGCUAAGAGGUGCAUGCAGAGGGAGACUGUGGCUAAGUCUGUGCCUGACCAGUACAAAAUUUAUGACUUCCUCUUAGAGCUUAAGAAGAAGCUUCAACCUCAGCUUCAGCAGUAAUACUGAAAUGUGAUGUACUUGUAGUAGUGAGUUCCUUAGUUGAUUCUAGUGUUUGAAUCCGAUUACGGUCACUCUCGUUUCUGCGUACGCUGUGUGUGUUUCUUUUUUCUUUGUUCUGGAAUGUGCCUUUGUCUCAUUUUGGUUUGUAAGAUAUGGUAAGAAUCGAUCCAUAAUUAUAGACAAUAAAUAACUUUGCUUUAGCCUUUUA